AUGGGGUGCGAGGCGGAAAGCUUCCAGCUGUUGUACCAGAUGCAGCACGAGGGGUACCGGCCCAACGGUUUCACUUUAGGAAUAGUCACCAGCCUUAUAGAUGUUUACGCCAAAUGUCGGUGUAUAGACGAGGCAGAGUAUUUGUUCGAAAGAAUGAAUGAGGGGAAAAAUCAUGUCACUUGGACUGCAAUGCUCAACGGGUAUUCCAUAAACGGCGACACGAUUAAAACAACGGAGUGUUUUGUGGGCAUGAGAGAAAAUGGGGUUGAGGCUAAUCAGUACACUUUCCCCGGAGUAUUAGCGGCUUGUGGGGCCUGCUCGGAUCUUGGAUUCGGGACGCAAGUUCACGGCUGUAUUUUUCGCGGUGGGUUUGUUGCGAAUGUUUUUGUUCAAAGUGCGCUGGUCGAUAUGUACACGAAAUGCGGGGACUUGAGUGGGGCCGUAAAAAUAGUCGACUCCAUGGAAAUCGAUGAUUUGAUUUCAUGGAAUGCUUUGAUUCUCGGUUGUGUUAGACUCGGUUCUCCAGAGAAAGCUCUGUCUUUAUUUAAUUCCAUGCAUGUGAAAGGCAUGAAACCAGACGAGUUCACAUAUCCCUCUGUACUGAACUCGUUUGCUUUGGUAAAAAAUGUGACGGCCAGUAAAAGUAUCCACUCGUUGGUUAUUAAGUCCGGAUUCGAGCCUUACACGCUCGUCUGCAAUGCUCUAAUCGACAUGUACGCCAAGCAGGAGAAUCAUUUAGAUGUUGCGUUUAAGUUGUUUGAUUGCUUGGUGGAUAAAGAUGUGAUUUCUUGGACGUCCCUUGUCACGGGCUGUGCCUAUUGUGGGCUCCACGAGGAAGCCCUCAAGUUAUUCUGUAGGAUGAGAGUUAGUGGGACCCACCUGGACCGAGUAAUCCUCUCGAGCGUCCUGAGCUCGUGCGCUGAGGUGGAGCUGCUCGAUUUAGGUCAGCAGCUUCACUCGGAUUCGAUAAAAUCCGGGAUUGACUCGUCGUUCGCUCGUGUCGCUGUUCGUGCACUGCGGUUACUUGGAGAGUGCGGAGAAAAUAUUUGA